GGGAAGCAUGGGUGCGCCGCCGGCGCUGGGGCACGUGACGUUCUUCCUGUGCGCCCCCUCGCGUCUCCGCGCCGGCUUCUCAGCCCCAAAGACGUGAAGGUGACAGCCGGAGGUGACCGGGUUAGCCCCCGUGAUGCUGGCGGCACGGCGGCUGCUUGGCGGGUCGCUCCCCGCGCGGGUGUCCGUGCGUUUCAGCGGCGACACGACAGCGCCCAAGAAAACCUCAUUUGGCUCUCUGAAGGAUGAAGACCGGAUCUUCACCAACCUAUACGGCCGCCAUGACUGGAGGCUGAAAGGUGCCCAGAGUCGAGGUGACUGGUACAAGACAAAGGAGAUCCUGCUGAAGGGUCCUGACUGGAUCCUGGGUGAGGUCAAGACAUCAGGCUUGCGGGGUCGUGGAGGUGCUGGCUUCCCCACUGGCCUCAAAUGGAGCUUCAUGAACAAGCCCUCAGAUGGCAGGCCCAAGUACCUGGUGGUGAAUGCUGAUGAAGGGGAGCCGGGCACCUGCAAGGACCGGGAGAUUAUGCGCCACGACCCCCACAAGCUGGUGGAAGGCUGCCUGGUGGGGGGCCGGGCCAUGGGCGCCCGUGCCGCCUACAUCUACGUCCGUGGCGAAUUCUACAAUGAAGCCUCCAAUCUGCAGGUGGCCAUCCGAGAGGCCUACGAGGCCGGUCUGAUUGGCAAGAAUGCCUGUGGUUCCGACUAUGACUUUGACGUGUUCGUGGUGCGUGGGGCCGGGGCCUACAUCUGCGGGGAGGAGACGGCGCUCAUUGAGUCCAUUGAGGGCAAGCAGGGCAAGCCCCGGCUGAAGCCACCCUUCCCGGCUGACGUGGGAGUGUUUGGUUGUCCCACCACUGUUGCCAAUGUGGAGACGGUGGCCGUGUCCCCCACCAUCUGCCGCCGUGGGGGCGCCUGGUUUGCCAGUUUCGGGCGCGAGCGCAAUUCGGGCACCAAGCUCUUCAACAUCUCCGGCCACGUCAACCACCCUUGCACCGUGGAGGAGGAAAUGUCUGUGCCACUGAAGGAGCUGAUUGAGAAGCACGCGGGGGGUGUCGCAGGUGGAUGGGACAACCUCCUGGCCGUGAUCCCUGGUGGCUCGUCCACCCCACUGAUCCCCAAGUCCGUGUGUGAGACGGUGCUGAUGGACUUCGAUGCACUGGUGCAGGCGCAGACGGGCCUGGGCACGGCCGCGGUCAUCGUCAUGGACCGCUCGACAGACGUUGUGAAAGCCAUUGCCCGCCUCAUUGAGUUCUACAAGCAUGAGAGCUGUGGCCAGUGCACCCCGUGCCGUGAGGGUGUGGACUGGAUGAACAAGGUGAUGGCACGCUUUGUGCGGGGCGAUGCCCGGCCAGCUGAGAUCGACUCCCUGUGGGAGAUCAGCAAGCAGAUCGAGGGCCACACCAUCUGUGCCCUGGGCGACGGGGCCGCCUGGCCUGUGCAGGGCCUGAUCCGACACUUCCGGCCCGAGCUCGAGGGGCGGAUGCAGCGGUUUGCCCAGCAGCACCAGGCCCGGCAGGCCGCCUCAUGAGCCCACUGCCACUGGCCGUCUGAUGGGGGAGCCGCCAAUAAAGGGAAUGCUG